UCUUUUUUAGAAAAGCAAUUAAUUAUUUUGAAUUUUGUAGAUUUUUUUUUAUUUUUAUUUUUAAUUUUUCAUAUAUAUUGAAUUAAGUAGUAGUAAGCGAAUUCUAUGGCGGAUUUGGGUUGGUUAAAAGCAAGAAGUUAGGGUUUUUGAUUCUUCGGGUUUUCAGAUUCCUUUCAAGUCAAAGCAAAGCAAUCGCCUUUUCGUCCAUAUCUUUUUGACGACUUAAAAAAGUUCUUGCUGUGUUGUUUUACUCAGCCAUCUUGCCUGCGCUUGAUCAUCUAUUUUGUUCUUCUCUGCCUUUCAACUAAGGCAGAGUUUGAACUAAAACUGAGAUGGAUGUCGGUGCACUUCUAACUUCUGCUGGGAUUAAUGUAGCCAUAUGCGUUGUGCUUGUGUCGCUUUAUUCCAUUCUACGAAAGCAGCCAGCCAAUUAUUGUGUUUACUUUGGCCGAAUGCUCUCUAGCGGAAGAGUUAAACGUCAUGAUCCUCAUUGGUAUGAGAGGUUUGCGCCUUCUCCAAGUUGGCUCCUUAAAGCUUGGGAAACUACUGAGGACGAGAUGUUGGCUGCUGCUGGUCUCGAUGCUGUCGUUCUCAUCAGGAUGGUCAUUUGCAGCAUUCGUAUUUUCUCAAUCGUUGCAGUCGUUUGCAUUGCCUUCGUGCUACCUGUUAACUAUUAUGGACAAAAGUUGGAGCACAAGGAAGUCCAUUUGGAGUCAUUGGGAGUAUUCACAAUUGAGAACCUUCAUCAACGCUCACGAUGGCUGUGGGUUCAUUGUCUCUCAUUGUACAUCAUAUCCUCGGCAACUUGUGCUCUUCUUUACUUUGAGUAUAAAAAUAUAACCAAAAGGAGGCUUGCCCAUAUUGCUGAAUCUGCCUCUAAGCCAAGCCAUUUUACUGUUCUUAUUCGUGCUAUUCCUGAGUCUCCUGAGCAAUCCUACAGCGAGACAGUGAGCAAAUACUUCACAAACUACUAUGCACCAAGCUAUGUGUCGCACCUAAUGGUCUACCGUGAUGGGUUCAUCCAGAGGCUGAGGAAUGAAACGGAGAGGAUGUGUCAGGCCAUGAAACAUGUUUCUUCUGAUUUAAGUUGUAACCCGAGCUUGAAGUCAUNGUAUGAUCUGUCAAUUUAA